UUAAGAGUGUAUUCAAUAUGACUGCGAAGGAGGGAAGGAAGAGAUCCAUCAGCUGUCUGGUUGCUGUAGGAAACGGCAACGGAGUGGCAGGGUUCGCUUUGGGUAAAGCAGCAGACAGAAAUGCAGCUCUGAGGAAGGCAAAGAACCGAGCCAAACGGCAUUUGUACCACAUAGAAAGAUACAACGACCACACCAUUUAUCAUGACAUUGACUCCAGGUUCAAGAGGACAACUCUGCGUAUGAAGAAGCAAAACGAGGGUUAUGGUCUGCACUGCCACAGGGCAGUCAUCACUCUCUGCAAGCUGAUUGGCAUUAAGGACAUGUACUGCAAAGUAGACGGGUCAGUCAAUCUCCUGAACAUCACUCGGGCACUCUUCACCGGAUUGGCCAAUCAGGAAACCCACCAAGCACUGUCCGACAAGAAGCAGCUCCAUGUUGUGGAGUUCCAGUCUCACCGAGGCCCGCUACCUGUAGUGGUGGCCAGCCCUAAAGACGGGGUGCGCCCCAACCCUGAGUCCAAGGAUGAGAUCCCCAAUACCAAGCUGCACUGGGACGACGUUCAAGCUGCACAGAGAAUCAAACGCUCCAUUUGGGCUGGGGUGAAACGCACCGUCUGGUAGAGCAAAACACAAAUUUAGUGAUUGUUGCUGUUGAUGUAGUGUUGAAAAGCUGAAAGGACAAACCUUUUUUCUUUCUU